AUGUCAGAAAUUCGCAUUCGUGACGCACUAAAUGAACUUGAUGAUAAACGGAUCAAACAUGUAAAGCCAUUAAUUCAGCCUCAAAUUUUAAUGGAAGACUUUCCACUUACCUUCCAAGCAGCGCAAAGUGUUAUACUUGGUCGUUCUAGUGCUGAAAGCAUUAUAAAAGGUCAGGAUGACCGACUUCUUGUAAUAGUUGGUCCUUGUUCAGUUCAUAGUGUUCCUGCUGCUCUCGAAUAUGCUGAAAGAUUAAGUAAGUAUUCAGCUGGUGCAAGUAGUGACUUAGCCAUCAUAAUGCGAGUUUAUUUCGAAAAACCAAGAACUACAGUGGGGUGGAAAGGGCUGAUAAAUGAUCCUAAAUUAAACAAUAGUUUUCAAAUAAAUCAAGGUUUACGAGUUGCACGUAAUUUAUUAUUAGAUAUAAAUCAAUUGGGAGUUCCAUGUGGGUGUGAAUUUCUUGAUACAAUCACACCACAAUACAUUGCAGAUUUGGUUGCUUGGGGUGCUAUUGGUGCAAGAACUACUGAAUCACAAGUACAUCGUGAAUUGGCUUCAGGUUUAUCUGUACCUGUUGGCUUCAAAAAUGGUACUAAUGGAAGUAUUGAUGUAGCUGUUGAUGCUAUCAAAGCUGCUGGUGCUAAACAUAACUUCUUAUCGGUUACAAAGCAGGGAUUAAGUGCAAUAGGAAAUGAUUCUUGUCAUUUAGUUUUAAGAGGUGGUACACAUGAACCUAAUUAUUCAGCAGAAAAUGUAAAACAUGCUGUAUCAAAAUUAGAAGCUGCAAAGCUCACUGCACGUAUAAUGAUUGAUUGUAGUCAUGGUAAUAGUCGAAAGGUUUUUAGUAAACAAGUUGAUGUGGUUAAAGAUAUUGUUGAACAACUUAAAACUUCGCCUACAGGAUUCAAUAUAAUGGGUGUAAUGAUUGAAAGUAAUUUGGUAGAAGGACGUCAAGACCUUCCACCAGAUGGAGGUGCAAAUCUUACUUAUGGUCAAUCAAUAACAGAUGCAUGCAUUAGUUGGGAAACUACAGUUCAAGUUUUAGAUCUGUUACGUGAAGGUGUUCGUGCUAGAAGGACUCGCAAUGCAGCAUUGAUAUGUUUAGUUAAAGACACACCAUCAAUUGAUGAUUUAUUGCUAUUGAUCAAGAAACAUAAUUUUGAUUCAAUAUUAAUUCCUAGAAUUGAACAAGUUCCAAAAUAUCCUGCUAUAAUUAAAUCUCAAUUUAUGAGUGAAGACAAUUAUGGCCAAUCAAAUCAAUUACCAUGA